AUGUUCUGCCCACGUCAACUACCUCAACGUUCGAGUAUUCCAGCUAGGAAAAAUAAUCUUCCAGAAGGAGUGAAUGAUUAUGAUAUAAUAGCAUCUGCGAUGAUUCCAACUGCAAAUCUAUUGUUGAUGUUGACUCCGACAAGAGUGUUAAUAUAUAAUUUUAAACCAUUGGCCAUCAUUGCUGUUCACGAAAGAUCAUUAGACUCGUUUAACGACUUUGGAUUAAAUAAAGGCAUAUCCACUUCUAAUAUAACUGUCGGUGAUGAUGGUGGUUUAGUUUCAACAGAUGGUGUAGAUACUUUGCCUUAUCAUUCAGGAAAGAUAUUAUUUUACCUAUCCACAGAGUCUAAUUAUAUACUGGCGUAUAACCUCAUAAGGGAUUCUUCGCCAGAAACAUUUUUCAACGAUUAUGCAUUACCUGUAAUCCAAAAUGAUACAAAAUUAGUAGAAGAAGAAUCACAAUAUGAUCAAGUCAUUGAUAAUGACAUUUUAGUAGUAUUCGAAAAAAAUAAACAUAGCAGAGUUAUACAGAAUGGAUUUGGCACCCGUAGGGAGAUUGGAUUUUUGCAAUAUCUGACUUCUUCACCAGAAAUGUUGUAUGAAAUGCCUGUGAGAAGAGUUGAACUUCGACUAAAAGUAAUAUUAAAGUUCGAUUAUAAAAUAUUAGAUUUCAUGGGAUUCAAGUCGCAUAAAAUGGAUAAUGUCGGAAUUUUAGAGAAUGGCCUGUUCUUAUUAUUUCCUCAUGGAUUACAAGUAUUGAAUUUAAAAGAUUUUAAGUUGAGUGACUAUGAACUAUUAAGCAUUGAUGAUGGUAUAAAACUUGAGACAUUUAAAGAUAAACUACUUAUUAUCUCUCAGAAAUCAGAAACAAAUGAUUUAACAUUGAAUGAAAUAUAUCUCAAAUCGAAAACAGUUAUCAGUAAGCAAUUUUUGAGUCAUAAAAACUUCAAAGAUUAUUUUACUAUUGGCAAUUAUAUAGCUGUGAUUUGUCCUCAAAAGAUUGAACUAUAUGAUAUAUUUUUAUUGGAUUUAGUAUUAUCUUGGGAUACUACAAUACCAAUUCAAUUUUGUAAAAAAUUUGACGAAAACUCGAUAUUUGCAGUAUUAUCAAACAAUUCAUUUUAUAUAUACUCGAUAUUUGGUAACGUUUUAUUUACAACGGACGAGGAUGGGGUUGAGGAUGAUAGCUAUGAUAGACCUGCGGGUGUUGAAGAAGCUAAACAGUCAUUGAUGUAUUCAGGGUUUAAUUACUUUGAUAACACGUUAAUAGUCACUACUAAUAAAGGGAAGUAUGAGACAUGGCAAAUGUGGAACGAAUUUCCCGGAAAUAUGUUUGAUUUCCGUUACUCCAAAUCAUAUAUUAUGGCAAAUAAAAAUGAUUUUGCACUAGUAUUUCCCACAGAUAUCAGGAAGGGAUCAGUCGAUAUGAUAUGCACAAUUUCAUUACCGACUAAAACAUUUAAUAAUUAUGUUACUCUUGUAUCCAUUGCUGGUAAUUCAAUUUUGACAGCAAUUUAUAUUUCUAAUAAAAAUAUAUUGUUAAUGUACAAUAUGGUGGCUAAUAUAUGGUUUUCAUUUAACCAUCAACAUGUUCUGAAUAUGAACUGGAUAGGAAAUAACUAUUUACUUUGUCAUUUAAAGAGAGAUGACGGAGGUGUGUAUUUAGCAUGUUUGAAACUUCCAUAUGAUAAAAUUGACGCUGAUGACAUCAAUAAAUAUGUGAUAUGGAUAUAUGAUAUAAAUGAUGAUGAUAAAUUUGUAAAAUUUGUUACCAAUACAUUGUUCAAGUACAAACAAAUAAAAAUAAAAAAUACUGUAGCAGUAGAAACUGCAACACUAUUUGAUAAAUUGCAUAAGACUGCGGAGAUAUUGCUCAUUUACGAAGAUUCUUUAAUAAUUUAUGACAUCAUUUCACAAAUAGACGUUAGUGGUUUCAAUAUUAUUAAAAAAUUCCAUAAUUACAUGCAUAUUAAACUACCAAAGGGCUUAAGUGGUAAAGACAUUGAAUGGGCUACCAGUUAUCAUAACGGUCUGUUAUUAUUUUGCAAUAAUAAGAUAGUCAAGUUAUAUGGUGCUGACGGAGAUGAAAUUAAGAACCCAACGAUAUGGAAAUUUGAUGUUCUAUUAGAAAAUGUUGAACGUAUACUUGAUGUUUUCAAGGAUUUUAUAUAUGUGGUUCAAAAAAAUUCCACAGUUAUGUUUACUUUGAAAGAAUUGUGGGAAGGUAAUGAACCAAUGUUGUCGCUACCUAUAGAGGAGUUUUACCCUAUAAUUGUUUCUCCGGAAUCUGCAAUAGUACAUGGACUUGAUGUUAUUUAUAAGAAUUCAGCAAUUGAAUCGAAUAAUGGAACUCAAACGAAUGCUACAUGUAAAUUGAAUCUUAAGAAUAGGAUAUUUUUAGAUGAACUGAUUAGUAUUGAAUUGAAGAAAGGCAUUGAUAAACAUGAUAUCAAUUCGAAAUACAAAACUUUGAACCAUUAUAAAUUUUCAUUAGAGAAACUUUUAUCGCAUAAAAUAUUGGAGAAUGAAAACUUAGAUGAUAUAAUUGAAUUGAUCAAGAUAUCACGGGAGAAUGAAGUCGACGGUAUCAUAAGAAUCAAUGAGACGACGAUGUUGGAGAUUAUCAGUAAUUGUCUAAGAAAAAUUGAAAUCAAAAAUUGGGAGUCUCUAUUCAAGAGCCUGAAACUAUCACCGCGCGAUCUCCUAGAUUUGUGCAUCGAGAACAACGAAAUGAAAAUACUGGGUGUUUUAUUAUUAGUAUUUUUAAAUUGCAACGAGAACGAUAUCAUACAAGACAUUGACGGAGAUAACAAAAAGAGCAAGAAUAAAAACAGGAACAAAAACAAAUCGAAACGAAACGCUCAGAAUCAAAGUGAUGUAACAAGCGAUAAAAACUCCUUGUCAUAUGUACUACGAGAUGAAGAAUUGAUGUUACAAAUACUCAAACUUCUAGUGACGGGUGCCGCAAAAAGCACAGAGAUCAACAAAGCUGCCGAAGCGUGGGAUAUGUGUUUCCAAUUGAUACAGUUCCUGAAAGAGCUUGAUAAAGAGAAUAAGACGAACCUAGUCGAUAAAGCCAUGGUGGUGUUAAAGAAUUGA